GAGCAAACUUCCGCCACGGCCAUAUGUUCACAAAGUUUCCGCGAGGCAGUCCAAAUUAACAAUUUGAAACUCGCGGUUUCUUGUGUCGGUUUCUUGCAAAUUUGCAUUUUUUGUUCUUCAAAAUUUUCCAAUGUUUAAACUCCGAUGCCUAUUAGCAAUAACAAUCGCUGCUUGUGCUCUAUCAUGGAUCCAGGGCGUAAACGCUUUUUCGGGCUUAGAUCUUGCGCGCAUAGUGGGUGGCUCAUCGGCUCGGAACAUUGAUGUACCAUAUAUCGUAUCGCUGAGGUUUUAUAAUACACACUUUUGUGGCGGUUCAAUCAUCAACGAACGCACCGUACUUACGGCAGCUCAUUGUCUGCGAGGCCUCGAUUUUAGUAAUGUGCGUGUGCAUGCGGGCACAAAGACACGAUCUACAAAAGAGGGUGUUUUGGUUGACGUUUUGGCUGUACAUUACGAUCGUCGCUUCAACAGCGAUACCAUGGACUAUGAUAUUGGUCUGGUGCGUUUGGCUAGUGCACUGACUUUUAGCUUGCGCAUACAGCCAAUUGCUUUGCCCACAGAAGGCGAAUUGGUUUUGGAUGGUGACGUAGCUUUGGUGGCAGGAUGGGGAUUUACAACGCCUAAGGGACGUGCAGCCUACGCAUUGCAAUACGCUCGUGUGCCAAUUGUCAAUCAAGCUUUGUGUAAUCAGCAGCUGAAUGGUUAUGUGACGGAUCGAAUGAUUUGCGCUGGCUAUGCUAAAGGUGGCAUCGAUGCAUGUCAAAUGGACUCAGGUGGUCCGCUUGUGGUGGACGAGAAACUCGUGGGUAUUGUGUCGUGGGGAUAUGGAUGUGCGCAGCCAAAUAAGCCUGGCGUUUACUCGCGCGUCGCAGAGUUGAUAACCUGGGUAGAGAGAACAUUGGCAGAUAAUUAUGCGGAUAGCAUUCCAAGGGACAAGAAAUAAAGACAU